ACGAUGUCUGGUCGCGGUAAGGGUGGCAAGGGCCUUGGUAAGGGAGGUGCCAAACGGCACAGGAAGGUGUUGCGUGAUAACAUCCAGGGCAUUACCAAGCCCGCUAUUCGCCGCCUAGCUCGGCGUGGCGGUGUCAAGCGCAUCUCCGGGCUGAUCUACGAGGAGACCCGCGGGGUGCUCAAAGUUUUCUUGGAGAACGUGAUCCGGGACGCUGUCACUUACACGGAGCACGCCAAGAGAAAGACCGUCACCGCUAUGGAUGUGGUCUACGCCCUAAAGCGCCAGGGCAGGACCCUCUAUGGUUUUGGCGGCUAG